UUCAGAAACAGCCAAGGCGACCGCCGAAAAUAGACCAUGUGAUGUAACCCAUAUCCUAUGCUUACCUUUAAGGCUAUGUUUACAUGACUAUUUAUGUUAUAAAAAGUUAGAAUUUGCAUCAAAGAAUCAAAAUAGUUGGAUGUGUAAAAAUAACUGAGCACUGUUUCUUCAAAUUUUAAUUUUCCGUGAGAAUUGUAAGCAAGUAAAAGUAAAAUGGUUAAUAUUUGGUAUAUGGACAAUAGUAAUGCUGAUCAGAGAUUUGAUCAUCAGAAGAUACCACAACAUUUCUUAAGUACUCAAGAACUUUUAGAAUUGACUGGAGUUGAAUAUUUUAAGAUUAAUGCCUCCAAUCAUAAAACUGAUACAGUUUUGCGGGAUUUAAAGAAAACACGCAAUUACACCUACGAGGAUGAAAUUACUUGCUCCAAAGAAUACUUAGAAAAUUAUGAAGAAAAGCUUAAACAGUUUUUCGUAGAGCAUCUUCAUACCGAUGAGGAAAUUCGUCUGGUUUUAAGCGGAUCAGGAUAUUUUGAUGUUAGAGACAAGGACGACCAAUGGAUUCGAAUUGAAGUGAAAGAAGGAGAUUUAAUUAUAAUCCCAAGUGGUAUAUAUCACAGAUUCACAUUGGAUAUGAAUAACUUUAUUAAGGCAAAACGCUAUUUUGUUGGAGAACCAAUAUGGCUUCCUUAUAAGAGACCAGCCGAUGAAAUGGAUUGUCGAAAACAAUACCUGAAUAGGUUAAAAACAGGCUUUUAAAUGUAAAAAACAAAUUUCUUGAAGCUUUUGAAAAACUAUUUUAUACUAUCUCAACUUUGGUACACACCGAAUUUGCUUUUGUAUUCUUAUAGAGAAUUUCCAUAAAUUCCAGAUUGUUGGUGCAAAAAUUCAAAAAAUAAUGAAGGGUUUUUUCUGUAGUAAUGCAAUAAGGCACAUAAGCUUGUAGCAAGUUUGUGUCAAGUUGUACAAUAUCUUAUUGCUACAAUAUUACGCAGCAAGUUCAUUGUAAGCACAUUCGGAAAACAUGCAAGUUUGUUGUAAGCUUGCUGCAAGCUUGUCGCAAUAAUAUUAUUUGUAAUUUUUUAAUUGAAGGAAAAUUACAAGCAAAACAAUUGUUUAAAGUUAUUUUUUGGAGUUUCGUCAUUAAAAAUUCAAAUGCGCAUAACUUUGUUAAAAAUAAAUUUUACGAAAAAUAAAAAAAUACAUGUCUUUAUUUUUCAUACAGAAUAACAUAACAUGGCAGUUAAGUUUACAACUUGAAGUUAGUCGGCCUGCACGAUUUGAAAUAGAUUCAGCCUUAAGUCAAAUUUUAUUAAUUAUUUUUCGAGAUAUGACUUAUUUUUGAAUAUAUGCUGAGCAGUCUAGCUGGAAGGUAAAAAAAUGUACUACGCAGCAGUAGGUCGCAUAGAAUACAAUUACGCAUCGUUUUAGGAAUUUUCAAGCUUACGCGACAAUCUUGCAGCAAGUUUGUUGCAUAAGCUUACACCAUUAGGACAUUAUGUUACUUGCCACAACCUUUCUGCAACUAUACACGGAAAAAAUAAGUCAGCAAAAGUUUCGUAAACUAGUAUUUCACUUUUGAACGGGUCACAAAUUUUUAAACUUUUUUACACUUUUUAGUAAUGAAGCAUAAACUUUACCGAAAAAGUGAAACAGAGUCAAGAAAUUAUUUACAAACUGUAUAGAAAGAGCAGUUUGUUAAUCUAUAUUGAACAGUUUUUAACAAUAUUGUUUAAAGAUUGUCAAAUUUCUAUAAAAAGUUUUACAACAUUGUAAUAAUUGAGGUUCGAAAGUUUGAAACACAAAAGAGAGUAGUUAAGACAGCAGUCAACGAAAGAAUCGUAGACUUUUUCUACAAUUCCUAACAUGCGCAGUUCGUAGCUUGGUCAGUGUUGAUCAGUGGAAUUAACUUAUUUGUUCGCGUGGCUCUCGAUAGCCGCGGCGGUUAGUUCUUAAGACAAAAUGCGUUACAUGUCUUGGUUAGGUAGGUAGUUUCGAAUCACGCGGAAGCAAAUUCCACAUGGAAACCUAUAUUAGAUUCCGGAAUUUCUAACAGGAUUUGGUGUGAUUUCCAUAUUUAAAUACAUGUAAAAAUUUGCAUGAAAUCAAAGUUGAAACAAAAUUGAAUCGCUGGAAACAAUAAGGGGGCGUACGCUCGGCUGGACUCUGUAAAGCUAAUCAAACGGUCAAACUUAUUAAAAAAAUUGAAAAUCGAAAUUUCGACUUUUGAAAUCUCCAACCUCGUAGGAAAUAAUGAGACGCAUCUUUUUUUCCUUUAAGAUUUGUUUGUAAAACGAAUAGUUUAGAAAAUAAUAACAAAAAAUUGGUCAAGUGCGAGUUACACUAGCUUACCUAGGGUUCCGUUCACGAUUAUUUAAACAUUUAUAUAUAUAUAUAUAUAUAUUGUGACGUUAUUUUUUGUGAUAGACGUCACAAUUGCACCAAUCGCAACUAAACUUUUGAAUUCUUGUAUUUUUGAGUUUCAAUAUAAAUAACGAUUUAAUGUUUACCGUA